AUGGGGCUCAUUCCUCACAACGGCCUUUCCAGGCCCAUUUUUUCCCUUCCGACUGCCUCUCUGGACCCAGAACCUCUGGGCCCACUUGAGGAGAUGCAGCCAGGAGGAACAGCUGGGCUUGCAGAAGCUGCCAUGUGGGAGGCAGAGGCUGGGCCUCCUGAAGUUGGCCUCUCCAGACCCACUUGCAGCCUCCCGGCAUCCUCUCCGGGCUCAGCUUUUCCUCCUGGCUGCGUCUCCAGGCCCGACUCCGGCCUCCAAACAACCUCUUUGGACUCAGCUCCCGCCCAGCUCCCGGCGGCCCUGGUUGGCCCACAACUUCCUGAAGCCAAGCUCCCCAGUCCCAGCUCAGGCCUCACAGUGGCCUCUCCAGGCUCAGCUCCUGCCCUCCGAUGGCGUCUCCAGGCCCUGAACAGCCUCCAGUCGGUGGGCUCUUCUAUGCCCAGCUUGGGCCUCCCGGCGGCCUCUGCUGGCCCAAAUCGUCCUGAAGUUGUCCUCUCCAGGCCCAGCUCCGGCCUCCCGGCGGCCUCUCCAGGCCCAAGUCAUCCUCAAGUCGGCCUGGAAGUGGGCCUGGAAGAGCUGCACGUUGGCCUCCCCGGGCCCAGCUCCGUCCUCUCGGCGGCCUCUCCAGGUGCAAAACUUCCUCGAGUCAGCCUCUCCAGGUCCAGCUCCUCCUGCCUCCCAGUGGCCUCUUUCAGCCCGCCCAGCUCGUGGCUGUAGGCAGCCUUCCCAGGCCCUGCUUUUGACUUUUGGCGGCCUCUUCAGGCCCAGAACUUGAUCUCCAGUCAGCUUUUGCAGGCCCGGCAUCCUGCCUCCCGAAGGCCUGCACGGGCCAGGCCUCGGCCUCACAGCGGACUCUCCACGCCCAGCUAG